GGUAUUCAUAAUGAUAAUAUUCACUAUCUGUGUGUUUGUACUUCUUUUGGUUCGAUGUCAUGCGGAUGAAUGCAGCUACCCAUACCGUCGUGUUGGUAAAGGAUGUUAUCUUAUACAAAAAGAUAAUAUAUCAGGCGAUGAUGCUUUUGCUAAAUGCUUACGACGAGGCGUCUAUCUGGCGAACUUUGAAACCCUGAAUGAAGCAUUAUUAAUGGAAUAUGAACUAGUAAAAAUGAACACAGGUGUACACUAUUAUAUCGGCGGACGUAACAUUAAUAGAUAUAAGCCCGGUGGUGAUUGGAGAUGGAUCAAGAAGGAUGGGGACAUGGUCAAGAUGACAUAUUUUGCAUUUGAUACAGGGGAACCUAAUGGAUCACUCAGUGCAUCGGAAGAUUGCAUGUUUUUCUAUGCUAUUAGAGGAUACAGGUUCCACAAUGUUCGUUGUGCAAACGCUGGUUCAUAUGGAGGUUAUAUUUGCGAAAAAUAAAUUUAUUUAUAAAAUAUUGA